AUUCCUCGCCGUCUGUGGUUGGUAGUGGCGUUCACGACGUUUUGCGACAUACCGUGCGUGGACGCUCAACUCUCCCGGGUGAGAUACCGGCUGAGCGGCGCAGUUGCACAGAAAUAUCAAAGAAAGCGACUGAUAGUCCGAUAACACUCUGCACUUUUUGUCAGAUCAGAAGCACACGUGGUUCAUACGCCGUCUCUGCUCGCGGUAAAUGUGGACUCUUUCGCUGAGCGGAAAAGCGACGCGAGGGAAGGCAACUAAUUGUCUAAACGGGGCUUGAAGUAAGUUGCCUCCCCAGCGGCGCAUUAAAGGGAAGCCACAGCCCGGAUCCCCAGAAUAACGGUGAAAAUGGACUAUGAUUUCAAAGUGAAGCUCACAGGGGAAAGAGAACGAGUCGAGGAUCUCUUUGAGUACGAGGGAUGUAAAGUUGGACGGGGGACAUAUGGCCAUGUGUACAAAGCAAAGAGGAAAGAUGGGAAGGAUGACAAAGAUUAUGCUCUGAAGCAGAUUGAAGGCACAGGGAUCUCUAUGUCCGCCUGCAGAGAGAUAGCACUGCUGCGUGAACUGAAGCACCCCAAUGUGAUCUCACUGCAGAAGGUUUUCCUGUCACAUGCAGACCGCAAAGUGUGGCUUCUCUUUGACUACGCUGAACAUGACCUCUGGCACAUCAUUAAGUUCCACAGGGCCUCCAAGGCCAAUAAGAAGCCUCUUCAGCUUCCGCGUGGGAUGGUAAAGUCUUUGCUCUACCAGAUCCUGGACGGCAUCCACUAUUUGCACGCCAACUGGGUCCUGCACAGAGACCUGAAACCUGCCAAUAUAUUGGUAAUGGGAGAAGGUCCUGAAAGAGGACGUGUGAAGAUAGCUGAUAUGGGUUUUGCACGGCUCUUCAACUCACCACUGAAGCCUUUAGCAGAUCUGGAUCCUGUAGUUGUUACGUUCUGGUACAGAGCACCAGAGCUGCUGCUGGGAGCCAGGCAUUACACCAAAGCCAUCGAUAUAUGGGCGAUUGGCUGUAUCUUUGCUGAGCUUUUGACCUCAGAGCCUAUCUUCCACUGUCGACAGGAGGACAUUAAGACCAGUAAUCCCUACCAUCAUGAUCAGCUAGACCGGAUCUUUAAUGUCAUGGGCUUUCCUGCAGAUAAAGACUGGGAGGACAUUAAGAAGAUGCCGGAACACUCUACGUUGAUGAAAGACUUUAGGAGGAAUACGUACACUAACUGCAGCCUUAUAAAGUAUAUGGAGAAACAUAAAGUCAAACCUGACAGCAAAGCAUUCCACUUGCUGCAAAAGCUGCUUACUAUGGACCCAAUCCGCCGAAUCACAUCUGAGCAGGCCAUGCAAGACCCGUACUUCCUGGAGGAGCCUUUACCCACGUCUGAUGUCUUCGCUGGCUGCCAGAUUCCUUAUCCCAAACGAGAAUUCCUGACGGAAGAGGAGCCUGAAGACAAGGCAGAUAAAGUAAGAAAUAAAAACCAGCAGCAGCAGCAGCAGGGGAACAACCACACCAAUGGGGCGGGGCACACAGGUAACCCUGACAACAGCCAUGCACAAGGCCCGCCUCUGAAGAAGGUGAGAGUGGUUCCGCCCACUACUACCUCAAGUGGCCUGAUCAUGACCUCAGAUUACCAGCGCUCCAAUCCACAUGCUGCCUACCAGAACCCAGGACCAAGCACAUCAUUGCCCCAAAGCAGCAUGGGAUACUCCUCUACCUCCCAGCAGCCUCCACAGUACUCACACCAGACCCACCGCUACUGAGUCAGGCCACGCCCACCUCUCACAGUGCCCAAUAGGGAGAAUGUACUUAGGGAGGCGGGUGUGGACCUGAGCCGAACCGCCCCACCCACUGGCUUUACUGUGCAGCAUUUCCACCGCAGGAACAGUAACUGUAACCUAACAACACAUCACCGUAUCAUACAGCCGACAUUAUCCUCCGCUGACAAAAGGAGAAAGAAAAAAAAGAAAGAAAUAGACUCUAAGUGAAAACAAAUGAAAAAAGGUGAUGAAAAGCGGAUAUUUGUUCCAUUGGUGAUAGUUCAAGUCUUCGCUGCAAGUCUGUGAUACUUCAC